AUGCCUCCAGCUGGACAAGGGCACACGCAACAACCGUGCCCAUACAACCUCCCACACAUCUCCAUCCCACGACCCCUCUCACUAGUCCUCGGCUUGACAAUCACCAGUCUAGCGCUUCUACUGCUCCUCCAGCGCAUCGCGCACCACUACCGUUCAUCUGCAAGGACAAAUACACAUAUCACCACCUACCCAACGCCAACCCAUCUCUUUCAAAUGGACGAUAUGGAAAAAGGCACGACGAGUCCCAGUUCCAGUCCCGGUUCCGUAACGAGCAUCACUAGCACCUCGCCACCACCAGCCUCAGCCUGCGACGUGUUGAAACCUCUCUCGCAGAGUGGUGUGUUUCCUUCCAGCGGGGCGGUGGCGGCUCGGGCUCGUGAGCUGAUGCAGAUGCAGAUGCAGAUGCAGAUGCAGACGGGUAAGGCAUCUCCGUCUUCUCCGGGGUUGAGAGCAAUGGAGUUGAUGGGGUCUCGGGCGAGUAGUGGGAUUGGUGGGUCGGUGCAGAAGCGUAGUGAGUCGGUGCAGGAGAUGCGGGAGGUUGAUGGCGAUGGGGUGCGGACUUGGCGGCGGGUGGUGACUGAGUAUAGUUAG